GGAGGCCAGGGAGGACAAAUCCCCUCAGCAGAACCUCGUGGAAGAGGCUGUUUUGAGCGGCCCCAUGGCACAGGAAUGCAACGGGGAGGAAAAGGCACAGAGAUCCCGCCCGAGGAGGGGCUCCAAACCCAUGCCAGGGUGCUCCGAGGAGGAAGGACCCACCCUGUGCCAGGAAGGCAGCCAGAGAUGUGGCCAGAGCUCUGAGCUGGUGGUGCAUGAACAGCUUCACAAUGGCAAGAAGCUGCACCAGUGCUCGGAAUGUUGGAAGAGUUUCUACACAAACUCUGGCCUGCUCCGGCACCAGAAGAUCCACACUGGGGAACGGCGCUACGAGUGUGGGAAAUGUGGGAAGCGCUUCAGAGACACCUCUGGCCUGAUGAUCCACCAGAGAGUCCACACUGGGGAACGGCCCUAUGAGUGUGGGGAGUGUGGGAAGAGCUUCACUCAAAGCUCCCACCUGAUGAUCCACCAGAGGAACCACACUGGGGAACGGCCCUAUGAGUGUGGGGAAUGUGGGAAGAGCUUCACUACCAGCACUAGCCUGAUCAUCCACCACAGGAGCCACACUGGGGAACGGCCCUAUGAGUGUGGGGAGUGUGGGAAGAGCUUUGCAUGCUGCACCAGCCUGAUCCGCCACAAGAGGAUCCACACUGGGGAACGGCCCUAUCAGUGUGUGGAGUGUGGGAAGGGCUUCACUAGGAGCUCCUCCCUGAUCGUCCACCAGAGGGUUCACACUGGGGAACGGCCCUAUGAGUGUGGGGAGUGUGGGAAGAGCUUCGCUGUCCGGUCCAGCCUGCUUGUCCACCGGCAGAUGCACAGCGGAGAGAGGCCUUAACAGCGUUUUGAGUGUGGGAAGAGCUUCUCCCAGAGCUGUGCCGUGGCCCAAGAGCAAUGGAGGCAGCAGGAAGGGAAGCCCUGCAAGUGCCCCGCGUGCGGGAAGAGCUUUGUGCACUGCUCCAACUCCAUCCCCCGUUGGAGGAGCCCAUUGGAUGAUCCCCAGUGAGCCCCGUUGGGCAGAGCCUUGGGGAUCCACGGUCCUGGUGAUCCAUGGUGGGAAGACAGCUGGCUGGUGGUCUUCACAUCUUCCUGGGCCCCUGGGGGCACCUGGGCGCAGCAGGACAAAAAUCUAUUGGGAUGCAGACCAGCAUCAGGAAUUCAUUUGGGAUAGUGAAUUUUUUUACUUUUGACCUCAAGAAAUCCCACCUUUUGCAUCCUAUUGUUUCUUCUCUAAGCAUCAAGGAAUACUGGGAUGUCUUAAGAGUCUUUUCCAACCUAAAUCAUUCCAUGAUUCUAAUUCUUUCUGACCCUUCCACAGGCAUCUU